AAACUACAGCUGAAGAACCGUCCGAAGCAGCCGGACUCACGGGUGCAACUGAACGGUCCAAAUGUGUGGAAAAGUGUUUUUCCUCCGAAUCGCCACCCAAUUUGCAGGUGCACCAACAUCAGCACCAACAGGAGGGAACAGAACGAAUUUCUCACGCAGCGAACGGUGCGAGUGGCGACGACGACGACGAUGGAAUAAAUUUGGACGGGCGUACGAAAAGGUCUAGCAAUUGUGUGGGCGACAGUCGAGGUAGCGAUUGCGGCAAGGUGUCGGAGAAGUUAGUUCGAAAGGGUGUUGAUUUGGAGAUUAGCGGCAGAAAUCAUUCCCCAGAGGAAAGCUGCCCGCAGCCAAAUUGCAUGACGUCCUCGGCCAGGUUCAGGGAUACGAAUGGAAUUGAUGCACCGUACAAACUGCACGGUCCGCUUGGGGACAAGAAACACGGAUCCAAUCAAAAUCACCAACGCCAGCAAAAGGUCAACUAUUCACAUAACUUGCAAUACCUUGAAAUUGUGUCACCGCCGGAUAAAGAAUGCCACACUUCCAACACUAAUCCGAGCGGGAAGAGUCUUCCGGAGGUGCAAUCUCAUCUGAAUCUAGCACAGGAGGUUGCCAAUCAGCAACACAAACAAAAACGCCAGGAUUUCUAUGUCCAGUUGAAGAGACAAGUAUGUCGCAAUCGCUUACAAACAAUUCGGGGAAUGUCCCAAAAUCCGAUCUAUGUGAAUGAUAACUUUGAACGGCCUUGGCAGACUGUUUCGCAUAUAUCCGAUCGCCUGGUAAAGGAACUGAUGGUUGAAACUGCUGAGCAGGGGUUGGAUUUUGGUGAGGAAUCCUUUGUGGAGGACUUUUUGAGACUACAACUAGGAGGUGGAUAGCGUCGUUGGCUUAGUCGACGGACAUUGUUGAAUUAGAUAUGUAUUUUGAUGUACUUUAGUUUUCUUACUUGAACAUUUGAUAAAACCGAUCUAGAUUACAGUAGCUAUUAAAC